GCAGGGUACAAUACAGUACUAGAUGGGUGUGCGGGAUGAAGAGGAGAACGAGAAACGCGUCGCUGAUUGAGCCGUGACGAGGAACGUGACGGACACGUCUUGUCACAAGUUAUUGUCACGCGUUACGUUACGUUACCAAGGCUUCUAAUUACUUACAGUGUACACACAUGGUAUUAUUUUUGUAUUUGUAUCACUUUUCAGAGGGCCUUUUUCAUUUCCGUCGCCUCUGAGAAAAUCUAGGAAAAAUUGCAUCUUGCCAGCAGACAAUGGACUCUUCCAACGAGCCAACAUCACCUCGGUCGCCCCUUGCCCCCUAUCCUUCGGACCCUGCGCAAUUAAAGAGCCGUGCACCCGAAUUCUACGGCUUCGUCGCAUGGUCCUCAACUUACGCUCUAUUUGUGCUCUACGUCCUCUGGGCGCUCCUACCAGACACAUGGAUUCUCUCGCUUGGAAUAGAGUGGUAUCCGAACCGCGAGUGGGCCGUCCUCCUUCCGGCGUACUCGGUUAUCUUAAUUCUUCUCACAUACUUCACCUACUGGGCGCUCGCACUCUACAACACCCCCUCGUUCAGCGAUCUCAGUACUAUUACCGAUACACACGCUCAUAUACCCACACCAAGAUAUGGGCGUGACGAACGAGCGACGAGCCUCAACACGAACCCGUUCCUCACCGCGGCCGCGCCGGACGCGAUACCAAGUCCCUACGAUAUUCCGAUCGGCCUCGUGAACCGCGUCUUGUACGCCUAGUUGCUGGCUCGCAGCACUGCUUCAGCUGCUUCGGACGGAGGCUUCGAAUGCAAAUCCAUCCGAGAAGCAAGUGUGCGAGGCACCUGAAUCUGGAUAGAGGUAGUCUCAGGCAGAGCCAAGUCAACGUCGCUGUGCAACGACUCGUUCAAUUCAAUAGGCUGGCAAGAAAAGCACGGGAAGAUGUGUUUUAAUUUACUUUGAGCGAAGAAACAUAUGUAACCACACUUGCACGUGUGAAACAAC